GCCUCUCAAAUAAGAUCUGAAUCCAUCCCUGCCUCAGCCGGCAGACCAAGACAUGAGAGGCGGCGAUCGCUUUGAAGUGCUGCCGGACGAUCUCGUCCAGCACGUGCUCUCCUUCCUGCCGUCUCGCGAUGCGGUGGAGACGGCCGUGCUCGCCCGCCGCUGGCGCUACCUGUGGAGGUCCACCCCCGCCGUCCGCGUCAACGGCUCAGGCGACGGCUUUCGCCUCUUCGUCAACAGCUUGCUGCUCCACCGUGAUGGCGCCUCCCCGCUACGCUCGUUUGAGAUCGACGCCGACCUGCUCAUAGGCGAGGAAAGCGACGACGACGACGAGUACAGCUAUUUCGACCCUCACGUCGACCUCUGGAUCAGGCACGCUCUGUCGACUUGCCGCGCGCGCUCGCUCACCGUGCGCAUCCCCUUACCUGCCGACCAAGAUAGGUGGUCGCCUAAACCUUUCGCCUCCCCGCACCUGACGACGAUGCGCCUCCAGGGGGUCGAUCUCGACCACGGCAGCCUCGAUUUCUCCUGCUGCACGAAGCUUCUCCACCUCAGCCUCACUGCCUGCAGCCUCGAUGGCGACGCCAUCGUGUCGCCCUCGCUGGAGCGCCUCCAUAUCAUGGACUGCGCCUCAGAAUCGCCGAUCAGGAUUUCCACCCCGAGCCUCCGUCAUCUGCAGCUAUCCGGUGACCACGACGGGAUCUGUACUGCACCGUCGUCUCUCGACACCAUGCCUUGCUUAACCAAUGCAAGCAUCCAGCUUACUGGCUUCAUCGAGGGCGGCGAUGGUGAUGCCAAUGCCGGCCGCUCUUUGAUUCUCCGUGGAUUAUCGGAAGCCACCAGCCUGGAGCUCAUAGCUACGAGGAGCGAUGGAAGGACAAUCUUCCUAAGGGAUUUGGCAUGGUGCCCUACAUUCCCAAAGUUAAAGACCUUGAUACUUAAUGAGUGGUGUGUGUAUGAUGAUGUAAGUGCCAUUGAGUGCCUUCUACGGCAUACGCCAAGAUUGGAGAGCCUCAUUCUGCAACUUAAUUUUAAGAACUGCCCUACACUCCAGGUGGAAGGAGAAGGAAAUGAUAAUACAUCAGAACAGUCUAUUCUUAACUUUGAGCACCUUAAGACAGUGGAGAUCAGGAACCGUCCACCUUAUUAUUACGAACCGGUGGUAUAUUUUGACACAAGGAUUGGUGAAGUUUUUAAACUGUUCAGUGACUUGGGCAUACCUAGCAGUAAGAUCAGUAUCAACUACAAUACUGAAGGUCAGCCAUCUACAUAUACUCAGUUUCUUUCUGCAGUUAUCUAUGUGAAAAUUCCAUAUAAAAACAAGCACAUUGGACAAAUUGGUCCAUGCACCUGGCUGCCCUAGACACAAAGUGUUUGAAGGAUAAAUCAGUUUAUUAUGCAUAUAUCCGUUGUUCUUCUAUGAAAAAAAUGAAUUAGUAUUACUACUAUUUAGUGCUAACUAAUUACAAACAUGAGUCGAAAUGUUGCAGCUGGCAUUUAGUACUUACAUGUUCAAUUAGGUAUGCUAAACUACUGUAUCUUUUGUGCUCCUGAAGAAUCAUUAGGUACCACCAUGAGGCAAUUGGCUAGCUAGAUAGAUAUAUCUGCAUUCUGCAGGACCAUUUCAUGUUCAUGCACAUUUUCUUCUUUUACUUCUGUGUUUUACCUGCUCGUGUGCAUGCACAGUAUGUAUAUAGCUGAUGGUAUUUCUUAGUCUGUAUGGAUAAUCAAUUACAUUAAUUGCUUGUUUAGAGAAAGUAUAUUACCAAUGGUUCUUCUGCACUGGAUUGAUUUUUUGUGUCCGAUGCCCGGCUUGCAGGAAAAUAGAAAAUAUUCAAAUGCUAGCUUCGGUUGGGUUCAAACAGCCAAGCUUAAUUAAUCAGAGAUGGGCGGUAGAGGAAAUUAUGGAUGCGAGUGAUAGCCAACAAGUUAAGCAAUAUAGAGAAUAUUUUUUUUUCAGCAAGAAAUUUUGUGAUGUCCGCUCAUACCGUGCGUGCAUUUUUUUCCUUUUAUGGUCGUACUAAGCAAUUAUUCCUUAAAUAUACCAUAAGUGCUUUCAAUUCUCAUGAUCA